AUGGCAUACUACGAACCUCAGGGCUGGCAGGCUCCCUCGUCCCGUCAGGCGUCUUGGGAGCAGCCUGUGCCUCCGUCGCGAUCAGGCUCAAGCUCUGUUUCGCAGCGUGACGAUAUCCCCGCCUUCUCCUCUCAGUUUGACGAAGUUGAUCGCGCCAUUGAUAAUCUUGUUAAGAGCGGAAAACUAUGGGCGGCACCACGCAGAGAUUCAAUGCCCAUGAUGAUGGGUCGCCCUUUUCCUGAAUACGACCCGCGCAUGCCCAAUGCCGCGCAGCGCCAUCACUCGAUCAGCGACUUUGACAACACCAGGAUGCACCCAACCCCCAACGUUCAGGGCUUCUAUGCCUCCCAGCGGUUCCAAGGACGCCCUAAUGAAGUGGAUCAGAUGAUGCAAGCAAAGCGUCGGAUGGCGGCACAGCGUGAGAGGGAACUCCGCAACUAUCAUCAGGAGCAGCAGUACAACCGAAGCCUUCUCGCCGAAAUGUCUGCCGGCAAGUCCGAUCGUUCGCUCAGUCCUGCCGCCAUGAGCGAGGAAAGUCGCCGAGAACUCCUAGCUCGCCAGCAUCGCGCUCUAUACGGCAACGAGAGUCCCGCUUUCUUCCCACCUGGAAACUUCGCAGACGACGGUUCCCGCCCCGAGAGCCAGGCUGGUGUUCGUGGUGCCUCCCCUCGCAGCGUCGACCCUUUUCAGGCUUCGAUCCAGAGCAGCGCCGACGCUCUUGCUCAAGCCAACGCUGCCGCCACCGCCCUUCAGUCUCCUUCCCGCGCGAAUAGCACCUCGUCGCCGAGCUCCGGCAUCAACCCCGUCUUUGGAAAGUAUGACGGUGGCGAUCAGCCCGUGACUUCGUCCUCCUCUCCCGGAGCCGACUCUCCAUCCUCGAGACAGGCGCACUCGAAGACCGCUGGUCCCAUCGGUUCAGUUGGGCCCAUUGGAUCUCGCCCAGCUCAGCAGGCCGGCCCCGUGCAAGCUCCCAACCCGGCCUUGAACAAACGAUCUACGACUCCUCUUCCUUCGCCUCUAGGCUUCGGCUUCACCCCCGGGGAGAGUGCCAAUGACCGUUCCAUGUCCUCGGCUUCCAACCCUGCCACCACUACUAAUGGACCUCCUGGUGCCAAAGAUACCUCCGGUGGAGUUGGACUAGGCUGGAGCAACACCAGCGGCGUCUGGGGCUCCAAGACUGGCCUGGGCGUUCAGGCUUCGGUUUGGGGCUAA